AACUGAGGCUCAGAGAGCCUAGGGAGUCUUUCACGCUCUCAUGGGGCUUUAGGGCAAAAUUCCUGUCUCCUCUUGGACUCUGAACUCCUAAGGUACAGCAAGCCCUGUCCCGGUCCCUGCCCUCCUCCCACUACCCCAGGCCCUGGAUGGUGAGAGGAGCCAGCCCAGCCUCUUUGAGCUUCCUCCCUCCAGGGCCAGCUGGGCAGGGCAGUGUGCGCCUGCUGGAAGGGUUAGCAAGGAGUGUUUGUAGCAGCCACUGUCUCCAAGGAGAGGAGAAAGAAUAGGGAGGCUGCAGCCGUGCAGGCAGCCUGGCUGGUGGAGUAGCACCUGAUCUGUCCAGCCCUGGGGACGAAAGCAAUGUCCUCACCUCCACCUUGGCUGGUAGGUGCUGAACUCUAAGUGGACUGGGCAGGGGGAACGUGAGGUCGCCAGAGGGCUACCAAAGGGACUGUUCUGGCAGGGACUGAGGAAUGUGGGGGGCGGGGCAGGGGCCUGACCUGGCCUGGAGGCUGACGCUGGUAGCAGGCAGCAGUAGAGCCAGAAGUCCUGGGCUCCUCUAGAGUAGACCACAAAGCUCUGAAUCAGAAAGGUCUCAAGGAACAGGAGUAAAGAGGCAGGAGAGGGAGAGAAGAGGCACCCACCUCUUUCCCUGCUGAAGUGCAGCCAUGUCCCAGCUCCAAGGACACAGGAAGAGAUGUGAGGCCCUGGGGCCUCUGGUGCGUAGCAUCCGUCCCUUCAAGUCCAGCGAACAGUACCUGGAGGCCAUGAAGGAAGACCUGGCCGAGUGGCUUCGGGAUCUCUAUGGGCUGGACAUCAAUGCGGCCAACUUCCUGCAGGUGCUGGAAACAGGCCUGGUGCUGUGCCAACAUGCCAACAGGGUCACCGAGGCUGCUCUAGCCUUCCUGGAAGAGGCUCCUGCCCAAGCCCAGAGGAUUCCCAUGCCUCGGACUGGGGUUUCCUGCAAUGGGGCUGCCCAGCCAGGGACUUUCCAGGCCAGGGACAAUGUCUCCAACUUCAUCCAGUGGUGUCGAAAGGAGAUGGGCAUCCAAGAGGUGCUGAUGUUCGAGACGGAGGACUUGGUGCUGCGCAAGAACGUGAGGAACGUGGUUCUCUGCUUGCUGGAGCUGGGCCGCUGCGCCUGGCGCUUCGGCGUGGCGGCGCCCACGCUGGUGCAGCUGGAGGAGGAGAUCGAGGAGGAGCUGCGGCAGGACCUGGCCCUGCCCCCACCAGACCCCCCGCGGCCUGCGGUCCAGGUUCGCCGGCCCUGCCACUUCCGAAACCUGGACCAGAUGGUGCAGAACCUCGUGAGCCACUGCACAUGCCCAGUGCAAUUCUCCAUGGUCAAGGUGUCCGAAGGGAAGUACCGAGUGGGAGACUCCAACACCCUCAUCUUCAUCAGGAUCCUCCGGAACCAUGUGAUGGUGCGUGUGGGGGGCGGCUGGGACACGCUGGGUCAUUAUCUGGACAAGCAUGACCCCUGCCGGUGCACAUCGCUCUCGCACAAGCCAGUCAGCUUCUUGAAGCCUCCAGCCCCACCGGUGCAGCAUCAAGUGAGGGUGCAGGACGGGCCCUUUCUGCCACAGCCUACAAUGACCAUCAGCCGCUCGCAGAGCCCACUUCCGCCCGUGGACUGGAAGACAUACACUGCUUCAGACCAAAAGCUGAGGCCUGCCUCCUCUUCCUCCCCCGGACCUUGCAGCAAAAGGGGAGCAAGAGCUAGGGCCCUCAGACAGAUGGUUCCAUUUCAAAGGUCCCAGGAAAGGUUUCAUGCUUCAUCUCAGAGGCAGCUGUCAGCUGGGGCCAGCCCACUGAGUCCCCACUUCUCUUCCACUCAUAGAGACGGAGACUUACAGUGCAGCCCAUCAGGGAAGAGAGAGAUCCGAUACCCUGGGGAACUCGGUAGAGGAAAGACUCCUACAUCUUGGGUUCAUGAGGAGAUGGUUAGUCAGGGAACCUGUGCCAAGGUCCCCACCCCACAGAGACCCCAAGCUCAAGCCACCACCAAAGGGACAUCAGCAAGAGGAUCAUCUUCCCUACCUCAUUCCUCUAGCCCAACUAAGCCCCUGGGCCUCAUGUUGCCACCCCGGGGUGAGGCUGAGGGUGCAUCCCUCCAGCUCAGGGAGCCAGCAUCUAUUAGUUCUCCAUCCCCUGUCAGAGGACUCAUUAAGGUCCCCAUCUGGGUGUCCCCUGCUCGCCCUCCCACCCCAGGAAAAAAUUUCCAAGGUACUCCAACUGGAGGAUUCACAGCAGAGCUGAGCAGAGGUCCUAUCCCACUAGGGGCUGUCACAGAAGACUUGGCUGGGUUCAGACAUGAGGACAGCUCUGUGGAAGGGAGGAGGCAGGGGGACCAGCUCACAGAUACCUGGGUCACUGCAGAGGCUGCAGAACCCCAGGGCCUGACCCUACAGGAGCAGGAAGGGAAGUGUACUCCCCUGCCCCUGGACAGGACCAAGGAGCAAACCACCUCCCACAGCCUUGAGGAGGAGAUUGUGACCAAAAUGAAGAGGCUAGAGGUGCAGGGUGCCCAUCCCCAGGGCACAAAGCCUCCAGCUAUCCCUCGAAGUGGAGUCUAUGUCCCCAGCCUGGGUGGGCGGUGGCCUGAGCCUGGGGGUCUUUAUGACCAAGUUAUCCGAGAACUGGCUCAUGGUCCCCCACCCCUCCUUAAAGUGAACCUGGGAGCCUGGACUGUGUCCCCCACAGGCUCCCCUAAGCCAGCUGUUACUGCAGGCCCACAAAGCACAAAAGGAAAGCCGGGAGCCAGAGACAGUGGGCCACUGGCAAAGGCAAGCUUUAGUUCCAACAGCAGCACGAUGUGGGAGGCUUCACUUCCAGGAGGGCAGGACUGCUCAGCCCCCAGGAUGUCUGCCAGCCCUGAGAUCCCCACUCCUUUGCCUCCAGACCCCAGUUCUGACAAAGCCAAGGGAUGUCUGGGCAAAGGCAAGAGAACACUCCGGAAGCCCAAGAGGGUCCCAUCCAUCUACAAGCUCAAGUUGAGGCCCAGGAUCCGGCCCCGGAGAGACCACAGACCUGAGAAGCAUCCUUCACGAAUCCCCAAACCACUGGCCUACCUUUGUCUGGGUCCAGCUAGGGCACCCUCCCGGGAGAGGCCAUUGAGAGCUGACCUGAGCAGCACAAGAGGAGGAGUAGCCCAGGUGGGCAGAGGUUCAGCCAGAGAACAAGAAGAAAAGAAGAAAGAGUCAUUGGCUUCAGUGGAGAAAAUCCCCCAGCCGUUGGAGGGCCAGGGCCCUCAACAACUGGAUCAAGCCCAGCUCUCCUCGGAGGAAUCCUGGGUCUGAGGAGUCUGCAGCUGGGGGAGGAGGAAAGCAAAAAUGGGUGCCCACAUAUGCAAGAGCAGAAGGGAGGUUCUUUCAUCUCAGCAGAGGACCUUGGCCAGGAGGGGACCAAAGACAAGUGUAGACUCAAUCUGUUCCACUGAGCAAAAGGACAACCAACCCCUCCCACUCCAAUUCCAGCAUUAGCCCAAAGACAGUGGGAUGACCUUAUAUCAUAAUGACCUCCACAGAAACGGUCCCCAAACUCCUAGCCUGUCACCAUGGCAAACACAUGUGGGUGUGUCCUGGAGCCCCCAGCAUUUGGGCUCCCUACUUCUAGGGCUGUGGAGGUGUAGGAAAGUAACUUUUAAGUAUUAGCCCACUGAAAGGAGGUAGGGAUGAGGGAGGCCUCCUUUCUGGAGACUCUGCCAACCUUGCCAGACAGCCUUCUCUUUCCUGGAGGUGGCCGGCAGCUCAAAACUAUAGACAGAGACAUGAGCUGCCCAACACACAAAACUCCUGCAGGCCACCUUACCAAGAACUUCAAAGCUUUGCAGCUUGGGAACCCAGCCCAUUCAGGGGCAAGAGGGAUGGCUAAGAGUAUUUCCACCAUAUCAAUGUCCCAGAAGCUAGGCUUCAGAGGCCACAAAGUCUCAGCCCUGUGGUAAGAAGAUGCAGGAGAAGCUGGGACUGGUCCUGUUAUAAAGUCUGCAGAGAGAACAGCAAGGGGGAAAAUUAUGUUCUCUCCUGGUUUGGAACUCAGUGGAAAGGAGAUCUGUUCCCAAACUCCUCUCCUCCAACCUCCUCAUUGACCUGAGCUUUAAGACUGGCAACCACUUCAUUGUCACACUCCUGCCCACGCAGAACUCAGCAGGCAGGUACUACAGGGACCUGUCCCCUCCUUCCGUUUGGAACAGAGCCAACACCUUGGUACAGAAACAAGGGAAACACUCCCUGAUGUUUAAUCUGACUUCCAGUAACAGCCUAUGGGCAUCACACACACUUCCAGACCCUGUGGUGGGAAACCCUGAUGGGGCUGGGGAAGGACAGAGACUCAGAAUGGGUGUGGAAGGACCUGAAAUCCAAGACCUGGUGUGAAGCGCAGGGCUGUGAGGUGCAGCCAAUGGGGGAUACAUUCCAAUGUUCCCCACGGGGGCAGCCAGAAGUCUGGUCCCCCACCCUCGCCUCAGGUGCUUCUGAGUUGGGAGUGGGAGGAAACAGAAGAUGCUGUCAUCUGCCCUCAUCCCUCUGGUGAACCAGUGGGUAAGGGUGCAAAGACAAGAGUGGGCUGCCCUCUUCCUUACCCUCCUGGCCACUCAAGUGUGGAGGAGGGGAGCCACUUCCUCUGUUUCAGAGGGAGGCUCAGAGAGGGCAAGUCAUUGGCCCAGUCAUGCAGCACAGCAGGGGCUAAAACCCAGCACAAUGGUCUGCCCAAGGUUGGGGCAGCUGCUGUAGGGCUGUGCUGACCUCAUGGGGGGAGGGAGUGGAGAUCAGUGGGGGAAACAGAAGAGAGAAUCAUAUACUCCCUCCACCCUGGAUCCUAAUGAUAAACUCCCCCGCCCAUGACCCUUUUCCAGCCUCCCAUCACCACUUGGGGCUAUCUGAUUUCCUGGUUAUGUGCUGCAGCCUGGGCUAAGCUGGCCAAAGCUGGACUGUUCAAUGUACCCUCCUCUUUUAACCAAGGGUCCCUGAUAUCCUCCCACUGGACUAGGGCCAAGGGCUCAGCCUCAAAGAGAACUUCCUUUGGCCAACGGCAAGGGACAUGGCACCAUU